CACAUACGCCAGUAAUGAAAGUUAAACCCGUGUAAAAAAAACAUCCAGAGUACCCUUGUGUCAGGGAACCAAGGAGCUUCAUUCUUGUUUUUCGGUUGUGGUUCGCUAAGAUGACGGCAGAACUGAGGCACCGUGGAGCCAAAGACACCGAGGCAACCUUACAACAGCAGCCGUCUGAGGACAAGGGUUCAGAUAGUGAGCUGAAGUCGGAAAAAGAUGACGGAGCAGACAGCCACCCCAAGGUGGACUCAGGGGUCCCAGAGGUGCCAGUCCCACCUGAUGACACCCCAGAAGUGUUAAAUAAAGCCUUGUCCGGGCUCUCCUCAAGAUGGAAGAACUGGUGGGUUCGAGGGAUUCUCACUCUGGCUAUGAUUUCCUUCUUCUUCAUCAUCAUCUACCUGGGCCCCAUGGUGCUUAUGAUGAUUGUCCUGUGUGUUCAGAUCAAGUGCUUCCAAGAAAUCAUCACCAUUGGAUACAGUGUUUACCAUUCAUACCAUCUGCCAUGGUUCAGGACAUUGAGUUGGUACUUCCUGCUGUGUGUCAAUUACUUCUUCUACGGCGAGACAGUCACCGAUUACUUCUUCACGUUGGUGCAAAGGGAAGAGCCGCUACGCAUCCUCAGCAAAUACCAUCGCUUCAUCUCCUUUGCGCUGUAUCUUACAGGUUUCUGCAUGUUUGUGCUGAGUUUGGUGAAGAAGCACUACCGCCUUCAAUUCUACAUGUUUGGCUGGACUCACGUGACUCUGCUGAUUGUUGUCACUCAGUCUCACCUCAUUAUCCACAACUUGUUUGAAGGGAUGAUCUGGUUUAUUGUGCCAAUUUCCUGUGUGAUCUGUAAUGACAUAAUGGCCUACAUGUUUGGUUUCUUCUUCGGCCGCACCCCUCUCAUUAAGCUGUCACCCAAGAAAACAUGGGAGGGAUUCAUUGGUGGAUUGUUCUCCACUAUCGUGUUUGGCAUCAUGCUCUCCUAUGUGAUGGCAGGCUACCGCUACUUUGUAUGCCCAGUGGAGUUCAACAACGAUUCCAACAGUUUCCAGGUAGACUGUGAGCCUUCGGAGCUAUUCCAGCUUCAGGAUUACGCACUUCCCAGCGUCCUGGAGUCUGUAACUGGAUGGACCACAGUGCGCCUCUAUCCCUUCCAGAUCCACAGCAUCGCUCUGUCCUCUUUCGCAUCAAUCGUCGGGCCCUUUGGUGGCUUCUUCGCCAGUGGCUUCAAGAGAGCCUUUAAGAUAAAGGACUUUGCCAACACCAUUCCAGGACACGGGGGAAUAAUGGAUCGAUUUGACUGCCAGUACCUCAUGGCCACCUUUGUGAAUGUAUACAUUGCUAGCUUCAUCAGGGGUCCUAAUCCCAGCAAGGUGAUCCAGCAGCUCCUGGCGCUCCGUGCUGACCAGCAGCUCUACAUCUUUAACUCUCUUAAGGCGCACCUGACCGAGAAGGGCUUGCUGCCGGCAUUGGAGGAAGCGGCCGCGUAGACCUGUUCACAGCUUCGGGUCAUUCCAUUUCAUUUUGGGUAUUUCAUUAGUCCUAGUGUGUGUGUGUGUGUGUGUGUCCAUACUAAAUGUGAACCACAUGUUACACCAUUCAAGUACUGUACAUCAAGUCUAUUCCCGACUGUUUGUUGUUGAAUACACACAGUAUUCUAUAUAUACAGUUAAAUGUGUGUAUGCUAUAUUUUUUAUCACGCGUCUUUCUUUUAAUGCACUGUUCUCAACUCACUCACGCUGUGUGUUUUGUUGUGAUGUCUUUAUAUUUAUACUUUUUAAAUAUCUCAGUUGCGGUUGAACGUUGCCCCGUCGCUAUCUAUUGAUGUGUUCGAGUUCAAUACGAUGACAUCAAUACGACGCCCCUCCUCACGCAAAAACCAAACGCCGCAUAUGGUAUGUUAUAUUUCAUGUAUUUAUGUUUUUGUUGAGUGUGAGGGCACAGGCAACACCCGCGGCGUUACUGACAUGUUCUUAAUUAGCCACAUUAACAUCGACUUUUUUUUUUUUAUCUGUGAAGUUAGACGCUGUCAACUUGUUUUUUUCUUAAUGUUAGGUCAACUGUCCCGAUCAAAUCACUGCCAUCGUCUGCUUAUGUCUGCCGAUUUCAAUGAGCGCAGCUCCGCAGCAGAUUAGCUGAAACGUUAUUGCUGACCGUAGCUUAUAGAUUUUUUUGUGUCAACUAUCAACCUCCUCACGGUUCAUUCCUGAUUCAAUCAAGAAGGUUUAGAAUUCAGGGGUCCCCAAACUUUUUCCAGUGAGGGCCACAUGACUUUUCUUUCCUCUGAAGGGGGGCCAGGGUCAGGGUCGUAUGUUUGUUUAUGUUCUAUGACUGGGGCAAAGUGUGGUUGUAGUCACGUCACAAUAGGUUACCAUUUCCACUUCUAUGACAGAAAAAUGACCAUGCUUUAUUGUUCAGGGGGCCGUGACAAAUGUGGAAGUGGGCCAUGUCCGGCCCCCGGGCCUUAGUUUGGGGACCAUGGUUUAGAUGGUAGAUUCUUGAGCACCUACUGCCAAAUGUGAUUAUUUUUGCUUGAAUGUUUUUCAUUUUUCAAGUUUCUGAUGAAGCACGGUGGUCUAGUGGUUAGCGUGCAGACCUCACAACUAGGAGACCAGGGUUCAAUUCCACCCCUCGGGCAUCUCUGUGUGGAAUUUCCAUGUUCUCCCCGUGCAUGCGUGGGUUUUCUCCGGGUACUCCGGUUUCCUCCCACAUUCCAAAAACAUGCUAGGUUAAUUAGCGACUCCAAAUUGUCCAUAGGUAUGAAUGUGAGUGUGAAUGGUUGUUUGUCUAUAUGUGCCCUGUGAUUGGCUGGCCACCAGUCCAGGGUUUACCCUGCCUCUCGUCCGAAGACAGCUGGGAUAGGCUCCAGCACCCCCGCGACCCUCGUGAGGAAAAGCGGUAGAAAAUGAAUGAAUUAAUAUUUAUAGAGCCCUCUAGACAUGAAAUAACACCCCUACAGUCAUCUUUCCAUUCAUAUUACCCAUUAUAGUUGACUCUGUUGCUGUUGCCGUUGUGCCAGGUCUCACAGCUAGGAGACCCGGGUUCAAUUCCCCGCUCGGGCAUCUCUGUGUGGAGUUUGCAUGUUCUCCCCGUGCAUGCGUGGGUUUUCUCCGGGUACUCCGGUUUCCUCCCACAUUCCAAAAACAUGCUAGGUUAAUUAGCGACUCCAAAUUGUCCAUAGGUAUGAAUGUGAGUGUGAAUGGUUGUUUGUCUAUAUGUGCCCUGCCCAGCACCCCCCCCGCGACCCUCGUGAGGAAAAAGCGGUAGAAAAUGAACGAAUGAAUGAAAGUUUCUGAUGAAAUUAUGAACAUAACAGAUAAUUUCUCACAUUUUUUAAAGAUUAUUUUAAUAUAUAACCAACAUUAAUGCCAUAUUUUACAACAUUGAGGUUAUUUUUUUUCAGAUAACUAACAUACUCGGUUAUGUUAUUUAGCGUAGGUGCAGUAAAUCGAUUCACAAUGAGUAUCGCAAUGUUUACACACUUGAUGUCCAUGUUUGUGUUUUAUUAUGACAGCAUUCCAGAAUGAUUUUGUGAUGAAUUAGCGGUGCAAGCUAAUAGCAGUUCAAUGGUCCAUUCAAGACUAGGUUUUGUUGGUUUCAUCACAUUAUCACCAUGGUGUUUUUCCUGUUGUCUCCAGUUUUAAAAAAAAAAUAUUCACAUCGUUAUGUAAAUACGAAUAAGAUCCGGAGACGUGGAUGUCCGUGGGGCUUGUAAAUGUGAAGUCAGGCUUUUAGCAAGAUUGGACAGAACGUCAACAAGGUUUUGAUGUCCUCCAAAAUAUAUUUUAGGACGUAUUAAUUCAUUCACCUGCAAAAGUGUUGUUUUUUUUUUUCUUGUAAUGAAACACUGAAAGCAGGCAAAUGUGUGUUUUUUUUUUCCUUAGAUGCAUGUUAUUCAUCUGUGUCUUAAAUGGAACUUUAUCCAUAAAGUAUUUAUUUAUACCCAUCAAAAUUAUUAUACAUUUAAGAUUUUUACAUAUAUUUUGAGUGUAUUUUAACAUUUUUGCCUAAAGCUACUGUAUAGUCAUUUAGAAAAGGAGACCUGCUGGCUUUCUUGCAGUCUGCUGUUUGUUGGCUGUUUUUCUGGGCUCUUUGUCAUUGUCUUUAUUAUUAUUAUUAUUUUUUAGACACGACCACUAGAGGGAACCAGAGCUCCCAUACAAAGGGUAUCCCCAAAAUCUGGACAGACCUGCAAAAAUACACAUUAAUAUAUAUAUAGAUAUAUAUGGAGAAAUAAUACAAAUACAUAUUUUUAAUUUUUUUGAAUAUAUUUAUAUAUCCUUUGCUUCAAAUAGUUUUAAAAUUGAAAAAAUAAAAUAAUUUAUGAAUCAUUGUUUGUAUAAUAUAUGUAUAUGAUAUGGCCAGAUUUUAGGGGCACCCUGCUGAUGAACAGAAAAACAAUCAACCCUAUUUUAUGAUCACAGGACAAAUAUUCUUUACUGUCAGAAAUGUUAAGUUUCCUCAGUCAAAACCUUUGCUGGAAUGUAUUAAAAGUUGUGCAACAUUGAAGUAGCACGUUUUUGGCUCGCCUUUGUUUUGCAUUUUAUUUUGUGGUUCAAGAGUCUCCUAUGAAUAAAAUGCGUUCUUUAUAUUAUUCCUAGGGAGUGGAGUGCUUUGUGUUGUACAUUUGUGUAGGAAAAAAUGUACUCUUGAUGCUAAAAUGUACUUUGCCUUGUCAGAAAAUAAAACAAAAACAAACAAA